AUGACUGGUGAAUACACACAUAUGGCCGAGUACCCUUAUGAAGGUUCGAGACAAAACAUCAUUAAGUGGACAGACUCCUGCAUAGCGGCUUUAGCUGGUUUAUCAAUAGGUAUAGCUGUUGGACUUUUUAUUGGAAAUUCUGUCAAAGAUGGCAUCGGAGCUGGUGUUUUUCUUCCUGGAGUUUCAAAUAGAAUCAUCAAAGAUGGAGACCCAACAGUUAGUGAUAUUAUCAUGGAUACCAUCAAAAGUGAAAACAUCCGGGAAUACUUGAGGGACCUGUCUGAGUUACCCCACCUGGCGGGGACGGAUGCUGACUUCCGCCAAGCUAACGAGCUACGCGACUUCUGGAGACAGGAGGGAAUGGACGAGGUCUACGUCACACCGUAUGACGUCUUGUUGUCCUACCCCAACGUCACUGAUGACGACAUGAUGAACCGGAUAGAGUUGCUCAACGCCACCGGUGGUAUAGUUUACCAAUCUCCACUAAGGGAAGCAAUCCUUCAUCAGAGUGACAACAAAAGCGGUGUGGUCCCACCCUUCAAUGCUUACUCUGCUCCCGGGGAUGUCACAGCGGGGCGCCUGGUUUAUGUUAACUACGGACGCCUAGAAGACUAUCGUUGGCUGAAGAACAAUACUUCCGUCAACGUCUCGGGCGCCAUUGUUAUAGUCCGAUACCAGAACGUAUUCAGGGGCGACAAGGUAAAAUUAGCAGCCGCUAAUGGAGCUGUAGGCGUCAUUCUUUACUCAGACCCCGCAGAGGUUGUACCAAGCGGAAGUUCAUCUAAACUGUAUCCGGAUGGCUGGUGGCUCCCUCCGUCGGGAGUACAGCGGGGCACUGUUGGCAGAAUGAGCGGGGAUCCUCUAACGCCGGGAUACCCCGCUACGGAAACAGCGUACAGGUACUCUGAGAACAGCAGUGAGGCGCAACUCCCAACUAUUCCUGUCCAUCCCAUAGGUUAUGGCGCGGCGGAGGUAUUCCUCAGAGAGAUGACGGGAGAUGAGGUCCCUGAUCAUUGGAAAGGAGGUUUAAACAUUACGUACAGACUAGGGGGACAAUUAAAGACCAAUGGCAGAAAAAUACGAAUAUUCAUUUCGACACAGAGUUACAUGAGACGGAUCUAUAACGUAUUCGGAGUCAUACAUGGAAGUGUGGAGCCAGACCGAUACGUGUUGAUGGGUAACCAUAGAGACGCGUGGGUAUUUGGCGCUAUUGACCCAUCAAGUGCCACGGCAGUCAUGAAAGAAGUUUCCAGAGUAAUGGGAAAUCUUGUAAAGCAAGGGCGAUGGCGGCCACGACGUACGAUCAUAUUCUGUAGCUGGGACGCUGAGGAGUACGGAGUAAUUGGCUCGUACGAGUGGGUCGAGCAAUAUGUGAAAAACCUUGCCGCGCGGUCAGUGGCCUACAUCAAUAUCGACAUGGCUGUUACAGGAAACCUUUCGUUUGUACCGACUGGAACACCCUUGAUCUUUACGGCCACCUACGAAGCCACCAAAAAGGUGGCGAACCCCGAUCCGGACGACUUACGAGAAGGAUUACGCACUGUCUACGAUAAGUGGUUGAGAACAUAUCCAUCUCCUGGUCAGUCUAAACCUCUAUUCGGUAUGCUUGGAUCCACGAGUGACCAUGCUCCGUUUGUACAGCUUGUUGGGGUUCCUUGUGUGAUGCUAUCAUAUGUAGGAAAUCUGACGGUUUACAACUUAUACCCCACGUAUCACUCUAGGUACGAUACAUUCCGCGUUAUAGACGACUUCAUUGACAAAGGCUUCAAGACCCAUCGAGCGGUAGGUCAAGUCGCUGCCGAAAUGACGAGGAAUUUGGCCGACUCUCUCAUUGUACCUUUUAAUGUGAACGACUUUUCACAGCAGCUUCAGAUACUCGUCGAAGUCCUUGACAAUGAGUACGGACAGUUUCUCAGAUCUCACGGUGUUCACUUUGAUUGGUUGCAGGAAGCCGCGAACAACUUUUCUGCAGAAGCCGUUGAAUUUCAAACACGGGUGGAUAGCGUUGAUAUGAAUAAUCCUUUCUCAAUUCGACGUAUCAACGACCAGCUAAUGCUGUUAGAGAGAGCCUUCAUUGACCCUGCUGGACUUCCCGGACGGCCCCAAGCCAGACACGUGUUAUAUUCGAACCUCGAUGUGGAUACCUACCAAGGAACUACUUUCCCUGGAUUGAUGGAUACACUAUUGAAACUGACAUCUGUUCCGGAACAGGAAGCAGAAGAGCUCUGGGAAGUCGUAAAACAUCAUUUCUCAGUGGUGAUAUAUACUAUUCAGUCGGCUCAGUCCACUCUCCGGGAUGUUACAUCAUUUAUGCCAGAUUCCAAGGAAUCAGUAGUAAAAUAAGUGCAAGUAACGAUUGAGGAGAAUUGGUAGUGUGUAUAGUCAGCAAACAAAUAAGACUGAUGAAUUGAUAAAUAUAUAAUAUUUAUGAAAAUAAAAAUAAAGCUGUUUUGGUACGUUUGUGACAGUUAAUUAUCUGUCGAAGUGGUUAUAGGAUAUGCUUUUCUUUCCUGUUGUGGUAAGGUCAGCUGUAUUUACAGGUAAACACCGACUUUCAACUUAUUGGUUUAUCGUUAUUUGAUUUUUUAAAUAUCAGUAAAUAUGCGACACAUGAACGUGGGUCAUUUCGCUUUUUGUUGCUGCAUAGUGUUAAGUAGAGUUUGGGAAUAUGAACAUUCAUGUAUCCUUAUUCGUGUGAAAUGUAUGUAUCCUUGCCGAAUUAAAGGCCGUUAGGUCCUAAAAGCGGGCGUAAAACCCUUUAAAUAUAUGGUAUGAAUAUGUUGCUUUGGUAACUAUAUGGUUGUAAUGUGUGAAUGCAUUGUCUAUGGUAAACUAUAUGGACCUAUUUUGUGUAUGUGUUGUCAUAUGUAACUUUAUGUCAGAUUUAGUUACAUUCGUAAUGCAUAUAUGUUACCAGGACUGGCAUUGACCAGGACCGGCGCCGAACAGAGACGUUGUGUUGUAUGCCGUUUGAAAGGUUCUGUAAAAUUUUGUGUUGAAUUGUAUCAGAUGAAAAUAAAUGUGAUUUUUUUAUUAUAAUUUUUUCGGUUUUUGUUAAAUGUAAAAAGAUCAAUGUGAAUUUUUGUCGAUAUGGAAACCUAAUAAUAAUCAAUGCGGUUUGUCCAUGCUGUCUCCUUCAUAUUGAGACUGUAGUUACAAGUUAAAGUCUUCUAUUACUUUAAGGUUUGCGUCUCGUCAGUGUAGGAUACAAUAUAUAUCAUUAAAUCAGACAGUCUUCUGUAUAAAUCAUCAUGUUUCAGUCCCUUAUAACAGCGAAAUACAAUCAGGAAGCAGAGGGGGGAAUCAUGUUUUUGAAUAUAUAGCGAAUGUGCUACUGUGAUUA